ACUGCCAUGGAGCCGCCGCUGCCGGGCUAGGCAGGUGCAGCCCCGCUGGGCCCGCGGCGAUGUCCGGCUACCCGCGCCGCUCGGGCGCCACCCCGCUCUCCCGCGCCCGGAGCCUCGUCAUUCCCGACGAUGACAAAUUUGAAGAUCUUGAAGAGGCAAAUCCGUUCUCCUUUGAAGAGUUUCUCAAGACCAAGAACCUCGGCCUGUCAAAAGAGGACCCGGCCAGCAGAAUUUACGCAAAGGAAGCCUCGAGGCAUUCACUGGGACUCAUCGCAACUCCCCAACCUCCCAAACCCGGGCGUAUGGCUUAUCAGCAGCCGUUUUGAUACUGAUCAAAGUAUCAAACAGGGGCCAGUUACCUCCUGGAUGAGGAGGACACCGGAUGGAGUGGGGCCUACCUGCCGUCCGCCAUGGAGCAGACUCACCCCGAGAGGCUCCCUGCCGGCGCGUCGCCCUGCAGCACAUACCUUUCCUUUCUCUCCACCGCAGAAGACCUGGCAGGGCCUGAGUCUCUGCCCCCUUGGGCAUUGAGUGACACUGAUUCCCGAGUGACUCCGGCCUCUCCAACAGGGAGUCCUAGCGCAGAGUUUGCGACUCAUGGAGAGUCUCUGGGGGACAGGCACCUACGGACGCUGCAGAUAAGUUACGAAGCAAAACGGGCUGUAAAGGCAGAAAACCACGUCAUGAAACUGAAACAGGAAGUUCAUUUGCUUCAGGCGCAGGUCUCCAACUUCCAGCAAGAGAACGAAGCCCCGCGGUGCGGCCAGGGCGCCAGCCUGACCGUGGUGAAGCAGAACGCCGACAUAGCUUUGCAGAAUCUCCGAGGGGUCAUGAGCGGUGCACAGGCUUCCAUCAAGCAACUGGUUUCCGGAGCCGAGACGCUGAAUCUUGUUGAAAUCCUUAAAUCUAUAGACAGAAUUUCUGAGAUUACAGAUGAGGAGACCCUUGAGGACCCCUGGGUGUUUUCGGCUGUGUGUAUGCCCCGAGAUCACCACCGCUUGUCUAAAUGUGCAGUUGUGCCCUUAAAGUGUUUAUCGUGAGCGAGGUUCCAGUGUGGUGCCCUUGGCCAGUGCUGGCCACCGCAGCGGGAACAGCCCCUGGCUGAGUUGCCCAGGAGUUUCUGUGCGGCCCUUCUUGGUGAAAUCCCUGCAAGUUUAUAGAUUCUAAUGAGCUCUGGAAGACAUUGUCAUAAAAGCCAGUCAUUUUAAGAAAUUACUAAACACCGAAAGAGCAGUUCUGUCAUCAGCGUUUUCCUUCUGAUCCCAGAACAGCAGCUGUAAGAUAACUACGAUUGAUUGUCCUUGAUUUCCUAAGUAGAAAAAAUAUUCAAUGAGCCUCAGAGGUGGCAGCCUGGGCAGGGACCUGUGCCUUUUGCUGGCACUCAGUGCUCCAUCUGGCUUCCAGGUCACUCUUGGAGCCCCAGCGGGUGGUCUCUGCAGUCCUGGCCUGAGUGUGGAGGGGCCACCCUGUGGCUACUGGUGUCCUCCCCCCAGGACUCAGGGACCAAGACUAGGCAUUCCAUGCUGUGAAGCUGUCUAAAUGGGCCUCAUUGGCUGGGGGUUCUGAUGAACAUUUUCAAGCAGCAUUUUGUACAAUGCAGUUGAGAAUUCGGGAAUUUCAAGUAUGAGCAGAGCCUGUCCAGGUUUGUGUGAGGUCCCAGCUGCCUUUCUGACUGCCUCCCACAGAGGGAAGGCCACAGGCACUAAAUGCCUUUUUAACUAUUUUCCUAUAGAUAUUUUUUAAAACAAGUUUGUUUCCCCUCCUGUUCCAAUU